AUGCCACCGUACGCCGCCGACCUUGAAGCCUGGUGGUUAGGCAGUGGUUACGAUGCUAUCAAAGACCUGAUAGAUGGCACGGCCGAUGACCUGAACCCUCAACAGUGCGGAUUUGCACAACAAAUGAGAAGGCGGUUGUUAUCAUUCGACAACGACUCAAGCGUUCGUGCUCAGAUCAUCAAGGAUUGGCCAGCAAUUCGCAUCACUAGAGGAGUCGACUAUGAUGCAAAUACUCGCAAAUAUGCCAAGUACAUCGCUUCUACCAUCUUCAGAAAGCCUCAAAAUGGAGGCAUCAAUUUUGAUCUCGCCAUGAAUGGCUUAGGCUACCUGGAUGCAAUGGAGAUUCGCCGUCUUCGCCUUCUCAAAGCUACACAUACUGCCAUCGAAGCUGCUUCGCCACGCGAAUGCCGACCUCCAAUGCUUAAGGAGCUUGAACGGAUGUCAUCUGCCAACUUCAAGCACCUGCAUGCCGGGUUAAGAAUAUGUAUUCUCACCCAAGAGCUGACAAAGGAUAUCAAGCAAAGGAAGGAGGUUACUCAGAUAAUGGCACUACUCAAUGCUCUGGUGCCUUCGGCUGUGCUCCUGGGCAACGACGAUGAUAUAGAUCCGACCCCGCAUUCAUCAGGCGUCCGUGAUAGUGUUCGCUUCUCAGUCUUCGAGCAUCUGACUUCCAAGGACUGUUUCUCACGAGAGCGACAGGAGGUUAUCCAAAUGAAGCUGCGCUGCUGGUGUGAUACCCCCGACUAUCCAAGAGCCAGGGAUGCUAUGGUGCGCUACUGUGAGGAAUUCAAGAAGCUGGAACCAGUGUGUUUGAACAUUACAAACGAUCUUGAAAGAAGAAAGGGCGACAACGGACUCUAUCAUUAUCAUGCAGUAUCUGCUGACUCUAUCAUGGUGUCCGGCACGGAUACAUCAAUCGGUUAUGACCGACCGCCGGUAGAUUCAUCUAAACUCAAUAACGUCGUUCUUACCCAGAACACAUCACUCGCUAGCCAAGUGUCAACAAAAACGUCGGCUAUCACCGGACCUCUUCUGGCCUUUCACCCCUUGCUCAGAGGAGUAUUGAACAAGAUCAUGAAGAAAAAGCACCACCGACCUGACUCGCCGCAUAAGAAAAGAUCGGAGGACACUCCUUUCCAGCAGCUGAACGGGUCUAUGUCUGGUUCCAACACUAUUAGGUCAAACCAAAAGGAAUACCCACGAAUACCCACGAGUAAGACCUCUCGAUCUGAACCGUUUGUAGGUGUGGAGCACUGGAAAUCGAGUGCCGAAGAUAACAGGCAUGAAGCGCCUCAUCUGUCUCCAGGCGUUCUACACAGUCUUGAGUCGCCUGCCGCACCAAACGCGCAAGGGUUGAGUGUCCAAAAAGCAGUAACAGAAACAGAAAGUCUUUCUAGACCGACGUGGAAGCUUGUAAAACCCCGGAUUUCGUCCAUGGAAUACGCUCGCAUGUAUCUGACAGAGAAAUCCCUGGCAGAACGCGAUAACCGAGAGCGUAGACUUCCAAGAUAUGAUGCAGAGUGGUUUUGGACACAGAACCAUGAGAAAUUUCUCAUUAUUCCCCGAAUUCCUGAUACUAUUCGACGUGAUAUUAUCUCUGAUGAUUUCAAUCCUGUUAUUGGAACAGAUGGAGAAACGUCUAAUAGGGGACGGCAGGUAUCGACACCCUUCCCAGAGAAGCACUAUACCGGGCCUAUGCGUCUAUCAUUACACCUCGGAAAGACUCCUGAUCUUUUACCCCUCUUCACAGACAAGUCGGAUUUCAAUGGAGGUGACAAAAAAGCUCCGCAUACACAAUGGCCCAUCAAAAGAAUAGAAAGUUGCAACUCUGCUGACGUUCGUGAUGGAAAGGGUCUAGCAAUACCACACCGAGGGCCAGCUGGAGGCAGAGUUGAGGACUGGAGACCGAUGAGCGAAGAUCAAAAAGAUCGUUGUGAGAUUUCAAAUGUCACCACACCUGUGAGUGGUGGCUUUAGUGAUCACAAGAAAACCUUUUCUCAGCCGAAAAGUGCCACAGGAGGAGAUAUUUCUGUGUGUCUACCCUCAGCGUCCGAGGCCCGAGAUGAAUAUUGCAGUCGAGUAGCUUCAGUAGGAGGCAAGAAUGGCUCUUCAGCGUUUCAAAAGAGCUCCGAGAUGGAAUCUCUGAUAAGAUAUUCAGACCAAGUUGAUGGAGAACUCCAGGGCGACGUUGGAAACUUCGUACUAUCAAGACAACUUUCAAGUGUUUGCACAAAGAACCUGUCGGUUCUGGGCUUUGCCACGCCGAAAACAAAGGGUAAGAUGAUUGAACCCACUCCUGACCCGUUGACUAUUACCGAUGGGCGCAGUCCACUUGCUCGCUUUCCUAUAGCAAUCCAACCGACUCACCGAUUGACACCAGGGACUCUUACGGAGCGUGUUGUCGGCGAUUCUGGUGGUCAAUUCGUCUCCGAGGACGUUCGACAAGCUCGGUUAAUAUCGAGCCCUUGCGAUAAACCACAUCAGGGGUUAAAAGCCGACUUGUGGGAUAUCGAUGCAGAGUCGAUGAUAUCCGAAUUCCAGCCAGAGCCUUUGCAGAUUAAGCGGCAGAGACCACGUGCGAACGCAGAUGAUGAUCGAAGAUGGUCAGGCAUGUUUGAUGAGCUGAAAACUGAUGUCUCAUCAACAGUUGGACGGAUUAAAAUCAAGACCUCAUGCGACCACAGCAAGGCCAUGGACUAUAAAUUUGCUACUGUCGAUAACGGAGACGACGAUCAUGACAAUCACACAGUAACAGAAGGCGACCGCACACCGCGGGCCCUAGACAAUAUGAUACCCAAUCUUGCUAAUACGACCCCAACACCCCGAGGUCUUCAGCGGUCCGCUUCGACAAUCAUCACCCCAACGCAAUCUACCAGAAGGCUCCGACAUCAAGUUUCACACAAUUUGGAGAAUACUGAGCAUUCUGGAUUCACACCUGAACACCUCCAAGAAAAUGUCAUUCAUGGCACAUUUCCUAGGUCGGGCAUAAUGCUUAACCUCCAGGAUACUCAAGCACGCCUCAGGUAUCCCCUUCAGGAUCCUGGAGAAGACCAGCUUAGCAGAAGUUUGGACGAGACGACCCCAAAGAUCAGAAGCUUCCACGAUGCACAUGAUGAAGACCAUUAUAAGCAAUAUUCUGUCAAAGAGUGGGUGAAAUCUAUCGCAACGACACCACGAAGACAUAGGAUCGUGUCGCACAGUGGAGUCAAAGACGACACAGAUCCUUCUGUGUUAAGUGAUCAGAUAGGUUCACAUGAUACCUUGAACCAUCAAGAUACUCGACUUUUUGCACCUCCUUCUACAAGGGAUUUUUCACAGCGAACCGGGUCGAAACACACUCCUAGCAAGGCACACCAAAACUUAGAGCAGCAGUUUGACACACAGAGUGAAGCUCGAUCCCCUCUGCCUCAUACUGGAGAGCAAAAGUUUGCUCACCGCAGAACUCCAUCCACAACGAAGCAACAUAGCACUGGCGUUCCGAGGACACCCUCAUCGGGGAUCGGUAGCAAUCUUCGUCGUAUGCGUUCUGAUCACGGUGCGCCAGCGACACCAAGAACACUAGCUUCACCUCAGCUGGCCUGGCGUCCGUUUGACGAUGAUCAGCCAGAGCCGCCUUGCUCCUCACCCUGGCUAUCAGGCCACCGAGAGGAUAAGCAGGAGAUAGAGAAGCGAAGAGCUUUCUUCCGGGAAAAGGUUGAACGUGAGCUCGAGGGAAGACAGUCGCCUAAGAGGCCGAGCCGCAAAAGUUCUUUUGGAAGUAUCGCGACUAGAGAUCAUGAGAUUCGAAAGAGUCUAGCUUUAGAUAGUCGCACAAGCAACGAGAGUCUCGUUGCCUGGAGGAAUUUUAUCCAAGAUGCCCCUGAGCCGCUCUUUUCGUCUCCCCCACCACCUGUACCGCCGCUUCCCACCGGAUCUCAGCUGGAUCUUGCUCUCAACCGUCUUCAGCAAGCACAAACACCAUCGCGGGCUGUUAUUGAUGAUAGGGUUUCACCUAUCACUUCUUACAGGGCGAGGAAGCCCCAUGGACUCAGGGUUGAUACUGAUUGGGCGCGCAAAGCAAUCCGGGAUGGAACCCGAACACCGAGUCGGAACACGGGGGCAACACCUGCCAGUGGAAACAGCCUCAGAACUGCUUUCCGUUUGAAUGGUAGACGGAUGAGCCAUGGACGAACAACGGCGGAAGAAGAGCGCCAAGUUUAUGGAAGAGAUGACGAGGUAAUAUCAAGACGUAGUUGA